CCGUGGUUUGCUUGUUAAGGUCGUGUUAGAUUUUUGUUAAAGAAAAUGCCAGAAAGCAAAGAAGAUACAACCAAACGUGUAGGAAAAUGGUAUUUUGGAGGUGCGGCCAGUGCUGGGGCAGCUUGUAUAACACACCCCCUAGAUCUUCUUAAGGUUCAUCUCCAGACCCAGCAGAAGGGUAAGGUGGGUUUGUUGGAGAUGGGCGUCAAGGUCGUCAGGUCCGACGGGAUAUUUGGUCUUUAUAAUGGUCUAACUGCCUCGUUGCUUAGACAGCUCACCUAUUCGCUAACUCGAUUUGGAAUCUACGAGACUGUGAAAAAGCAGACGGAGGUGCCCGGACGAUCAAUGGCUUUCUAUGAAAAGGUGCUACUCGGAGGUUUUGCUGGCUGUGUUGGGGGUCUCGUCGGCACCCCUGCUGAUCUUAUUAACGUCAGAAUGCAGAAUGAUGUCAAGUUGGCACCUGAAAGCAGAAGAAAUUACAAACACGCCAUAGACGGUCUGUACAAGGUCAUAAAACACGAGGGGCCCAUAAAAUUAAUGAAUGGGGCAACUAUGGCCAGUUUAAGGGCCACCUUCGUUACUAUUGGACAGAUAUCGUUCUACGAUCAAUUUAAAGUUAUGCUAUUGAGGACGGGAUUCUUCCAAGAUAACGUUAUAACACAUUUCUCUGCUAGCUUCAUGGCGGGAGGCGUGGCUACAUUGUUGACCAUGCCUCUGGAUGUUAUGAAGACAAGAAUGAUGAAUGCUCCACCUGGGACAUAUUCGGGAAUAUUUGCAUGCGCAAAGGACAUCGGUAAGAACGGACCGAUGGGAUUUUUCAAGGGUUUCAUACCGGCAUUCGUGAGGCUGGGCCCGCAUACGAUCAUUACUUUUCUUCUAUUUGAGCAGCUUCGUCUCCAGUUCGGUGACGUUGUUCCUAAAUGAAAUAAAUAUAUUUAUAAUUGAAAUUAUAAACAUUAUAAUUAUUCUCAUUGUUUUUUAUCAUCAUUAUUAUUAUCAUAAGUCUAGAUUACGUUAACAGAUUCAAUAGUCAAUCGACAAUACAUACAUCAUGUUAAACAUUGUUAUUAUUGUUCACAUUAUUUAAAAUGUUUUUUCGUUUAGUUUUAGGAAUUAGUAAUUAAUAAUAAUAUAUAUUGAUAAUAAUGAUGAUGAUGAUAGAAUAGGGACAGGGAUAAAUAUAUCCUGAUUAGGACAUUAGUUAUAAUAAUAGUUAUAAUAAUUAUAACGAAACACCAAUAGUAAUGAUAAUAAGCCAUUUAUAUAGCGUCGUGUUCAGUUAAUAUUUAGACUGAUCAUGUCAGAAUUUUUUGGUCUUUUGGAUGGAGAUUUUUCAUUUAUUUUUUGUUCUCUGUAGAUCUAAUUUUUCAAUUUUUUUUUUUGAUUUUUCUAUGUAUAUCAAGAGAGAUUUUAUAAAUAAUAAUUAUUUUUAUGAUUAUUAUUAUGUUUAUUAUUAUUGGUUAUAUUAUUGUCAAUUUAUUUUCCCAGUUUUUUCGUUAUGAUAAAUGGCUGAUUUUAUUUUAUCAUCAAUAUUAAAUCGAAUUUUUGAUCAAAUAAAUAAAAAUGAAAUUAUUUU